GUCCGAUUCAUCGUUCAUUUAAUCUAUCCAGUAAUGGAAUCCACGCCUUUAUAUGGAUUUUGUUGAGAGAAUGAUGUUACGGGUAUUAUGAUGUUCUCGUUCUACGCGACACCGGUUGUUUCUCGCCCUCAAGUACAGUCUUGAGAUGUCACACCGAAUUCGACGCGAGGAUUAUACAGUCGGCUGGGUAUGUGCCCUCCCCAUCGAACUGGAGGCUGCGCAGGCCUUGUUAGAUGAAGUGCAUCAGAAUUCCUACCGAAAUGCCAACGACACGAACAUCUACACACUUGGUCGCAUUGAAAGGCAUAAUGUGGUCAUCGCGUGUUUGCCUUUCAGUCAGAUGGGCACCAACUCUGCGGCAGCGGUUGCAGCCCAGAUGAAUUCUACCUUCCCAUCCAUCCAGCUGCGUUUAAUGGUUGGCAUUGGAGGUGGGGUCCCAAGUGCAAGUCAAGAUAUUCGACUCGGUGAUGUGGUCGUUUCGCAUAGGGUCGUUCAAUAUGAUUUCGGGAAGAACACUGAGAAUGGUUUUAAGCGGACUGGGUUUCUUAACAAUCCCCCGACUAUCUUGCUGAAUGCUAUUGCAAAAUUGGAAGCAAAUUCUGGAAAAAAUCAUUUUGAAUAUGAUUCGCGUUUGGGAGAGCAGAAGAAGUUCACACAAAACGUUGCAGGGGCUGAUCGUCUUUUUGAAGCUGACUAUAGCCACAUUGACGGGGACACGUGUGAAAAGUGCGACGAGCGAAAGCUGGUAGAUCGAAAGCCGCGCGAUGCAGGAAAGCAGGUUAUGAUUCACUAUGGAACCAUUGCAUCUGGGAACCAGGUCAUGAGAAGCGCCGUGGAAAGAGAUAGAAUCAGCUCUGAGCUUGGUGGUAUUCUUUGUUAUGAGAUGGAGGCCGCCGGUCUCAUGAACAGCUUUCCGUGCCUUGUUAUUCGAGGUAUAUGCGACUACUCAGACUCACAUAAGAACAAACAGUGGCAGCCGUACGCGUCCGGAACGGCCGCUAUAUAUGCAAAAAAGGUGUUGUCUAUUGUGCCCCCUGCUGAGGCAUCUCAGUUGCGCGUAGAUAAGCCUUCUACGGAGGAUGAAGGUCCACUCAAGCGUCUUCCUUAUGCUGUUGAUGCGCCUUUUAAUUCAUAUAAAAAGCAGCACGAUCCGGCAUGUCUUCCCAAUACACGUGUUGAUGUGCUCGAGAAAAUCAGCGAGUGGAUGAGGAAAGAAGAUGAGCAGGGUCUCUUCUGGCUGAACGGCUUGGCUGGCACGGGCAAGUCGACAAUAGCACGUACUAUUGCCCGAAAAGCCUACGAGGAAGGCCAUCUUGGAGCUAGCUUCUUCUUUUCAAAGGGCGGUGGAGACCUUGGAACAGCAAAAAAGUUUGUAACAACAAUAGCACGACAGCUUGCAAGCCAGUCAUCCAUUCUAGAAGAAUGCAUUAUUGAGUGUAUUCAACAGUGCCGAGAAAUCGCUGAUCUUUGUCUUUUCGAUCAGUGGCAUCGGUUAAUAAUCCAACCAUUUUCAAGAUUAAAACAUGGGGACACUUUUGUCAUUGUCAUCGAUGCUCUCGAUGAAUGUGAUAAUGAUGGAGACAUAAAAGAAAUUGUCCGACUUCUAGCCCAGUCCACUAGUCCAUCCAAGUUACGAGUAUUUCUGACAAGCAGGCCCGAGGUUCCUGUUCGACGUGUCUUCCAUAAUCUGCCGGUUGAUGUUCGUAGGCACUUUGUCCUUCAUGAAAUCUCAUCUGAAACUGUUGAUAAUGACAUUUCUGUUUUUUUCGCCAAAGAGUUACAAGAAGUAGCAGCAAACAAUUACUUAGAUGCUGGCUGGCCAGGUCGCGAAAUUAUUGAGCGAUUAGUUCACCAUGCAAACGGUCUUUUUAUAUGGGCAGCCACAGCCUGCCGUUUUAUCAAUGAUGGACACUUUGCCAAUGAAAGACUAACGACUAUCCUUCAAACAGGAAGGUCUGGUACCGUGGCCGAAAAACAUCUUGAUGAGAUUUAUCUUACCGUCUUUACUCAGUCAAUUUCUCCAAGCUACAGCGAGUCAGAAAAGAGUCUAACUUAUAGUUUACUGAGAUAUAUUAUUGGAACGAUUGCUAUAUUAUCUUCUCAGCUCUCUAUAAAUUCUCUCGGGGCAAUUUUGGGCAUCAGAGGCCAAGAUGUCCAGAGAACUCUUAACGAUCUUCAUGCAAUCUUCGCUGUACCGGAAGAUCCGAGCCACCCAGUCCAUCUUCAUCACCCUUCGCUACGCGACUUUUUGCUUGAUGGCCGGCGAUGCACAGAUCCAAAUCUUCAUGUCGACGAGAUACCAGCUCACCGAAAGUUAUUUAUCAACUGUAUCAAGCUUAUGUCGGAUAAGCUUAAGCGAGACAUCUGUGGUUUGAAUGCUCCUGGUGCUCUCCUGCGGCAUGUUACCCAGGGUCACAUUGAAAAAUGCAUACCCCCUGAACUUCAAUACGCAUGUCUCCACUGGGAAAACCACCUUCUCAAAAGUGAGACUGCAAUUUACGAUAAGGAUAUUGUCCAUGAGUUUUUGAAAGAACAUCUCCUACAUUGGCUAGAGGCUCUCAGCUUGAUGGAAAAUGUAUCAGAAUCGAUCCUCAUUAUGAAUUCUCUGAUAUCUCUUACAUCUGAAAACAAUUGCCCCCAACUUCAUGCCUUCAUUUGGGAUACAAUACGGUUCAUUCAGUACAAUCGGCACGGUUUUCAGCAAGCACCACUCCAAUUAUAUUUCAGCGCAUUGGUAUUUAUACCAGUUCGAAGUGUCGUCCGCAAUCAGUUCAAAGACCAGGCGAACCUAUGGGUAAAACAAUUACCUAACGUCCAAGAUAAUUGGAGUUCAUGUUUGCAAACCUUGGAGGGCCAUACCACAGGUGUGGAAAAGGUCGUUUUUAGUCCAGACGGGAAGAUGCUAGUGUCUAUAUGUUAUACCAACAUAAUUAGGCUUUGGGAUACUACAACCGGUCAGUGCCUACGGAUUCUAGAGGGCUACCACGGUAUGGGCUACGAUGCACAAGCGUUCAUAUUAUCACCACACGGGGAGAUAUCAAUAGCCACAUCUGGGGAUGGCUAUAAGAUUCAACUGAGGGAUGUAAUGACAAAUCGUUGCCUCCAUAUUCUAGAGGGUCACACUGAUUUGGUAUCUGCUAUCUUUGUGGGGCCUAAUGGAAGCUUGUUGGCGUCUGUAUCAGAUGAUGACACAAUUCGACUCUGGGAUACCUCAACUGGCCAUUGUCUGCAAACUAUAGUCGCUUCUCUUUAUCUGUCGUCUAAGAUUGUUUUCAAAUCAGAUGGGAAGAUGAUUGCAUUUAGAUCAAAUUUGGGUCCAAUUCAGCUCCGUGAUACCACAACCGGUAAAUGCCUCCAGACCUUUGAAAUUGCCGAAAGCCUUGCAUUCUCCUCACUUGCAUUUAAGCAAAAUGAAGAAAUUUUCGCAUUUUUAGAGGGGUUCGGAGAGGUCUCGCUUUGGAACAUUGCAACAGGCCAAUAUCUUCAACAUAUUAGGGUUAAUGCAUCUAUACACAACAUUGAAUUCGAUCCAACUGGAAAUUUGCUAGCGUCUUUAGGUGACAAUUCAAUCCAGAUCUGGGAUGCCACAAAUUUUCAAUGUCUUCAAAUCCUGCAGGGCCAUAGUGGAGGAAUAAUUGCGCUCGCAUGUAAUCCAGAUGGGAAAACUCUGGCAUCUGGUUCUUAUGACUCCACGGUGCGGCUCUGGGAUAUAACGUCCGGUCAGCAAGAGCAAGCUUUGCAAACUCGCAGGAGCUCACGAAAAUCGGUAUUUAGCCUAAAUACAAAAGUUUUGGCGUCUAUUUUAUCUGGCGGAGUAAUCGAACUCCAUGAUAUUAAAACCGGACAAUGCCUACGCAGUUUGCAUUGCUAUACUAACUUCAUAGAUGACAUUUGUUUCAGCCCAGAUGGAAAAUCGCUAGCAUCUGCAUUACACGAUGGUAAAAUCUAUCUCUGGGAUGUUAUGGCCGGUCAGUGUUUGCAUGUUCUUGAUGUUCACGAGAAAGGAAUACUGAGACUUUUAUUCGUCUCCGAUGGGAAGAUACUGGUACAUGGACUAGAGACUAAGACAUUUAGCUUAUGGAACAUCAAAGAUGGCAAAUCUCUACAUGUUCUUGAGUGCACCGAUAAUAUGGCCGACGUGUUCGGUUUUUAUGGAGGUAUUUUAGCGACUAUCUUGUUUACUCCCAGGAGUAUAAUAACCCUUUGGGAUAUCACAACUGGGCAGCGCUUGCAAAUCUUGGAUCCCCAUAGUACGAAUAUAACGGCGCUUGCAUUCAUCUUGGAUGGGAGGUUGCUGGCAUCCGCGUCGAAAAGAGAGAUUCUGUUCUGGGAUACAAAAACAGGACAGUGCCUAUAUAAAACUGACAGUCUUGGGACAGUGCUAACCCUGUCGAUAUCAAGUGACAAUCGGUAUAUGAACACUGAAAAAGGCCGUAUACCUCUUCAUCCAUCGCUAUUCGAAGAGUGGGAAGAAGAACGGCAUGUCUCUCACGAGCUAUAUGUUACAAAUGAUUGGAUCACAUUGGAUGGCCGUGAAUUCCUUUGGCUUCCACCAGAGUAUCGGAUGUGGCAUGAAUACCCGUUUUUCGAGGUUUCCCGUUUAUGCGCCAUUCUUGAUGAGCAUACAAUUGCACUUGAAUGCCGGCCCGGUCGAGCGGCCCCUAUUCUUGAAUUAACUGAUCUAGCAAUUAUUAAUAGCAAACCUAUGUACUCCUAAUCUAGUAUUUGGUACAAACUGACUUUUCUUGAGCGAUGUCUGCAUAUUUCAUUGACUUUGAAACGGGGGAUUUGAGAGCUCU